CCAGCCACUGGGGAGGAUGGUCUAAAGUCUACUGUGGCGCUACACGUGAACACUGAAGUUUUGUUGCUCUGAUAAGAAUCAAAGUCAUGUAAAACAUCAUCAGGAGGCUGAGAAUGUCUCACAACGACCACGUCCUCUUGUUCUACUGGAUAAUACGCAUGGGGAAUCAUGCGUAAAUGCGCACGCCUGAGUCUUAUUCUCCAUUGUGCUCAGUCCUUGCACCGUUCGAGAGUCCUCGCGCGAGGUGAGCGGCAUCGUGAGGAUUUCUACAGCAACGUGUUCACAACAACAGUCUGAGCUGUGUCAACCUGGACCUGCGGAAUAAAGCACCAUGAACAACCCGCCAAGCCCUUCUCCUGCCAGGUGGUUCAAGGCGCUGCGCAGGACCAGGCUCGGGGAGCCGUGUUUAAAGACGUACCCUCUGGAGUGUGCGGCUCUGCUGAGACGGGCCAGAGUUGCUUUUCAAGCUGGACGCACCCUCAAGGAGAGCUUCAGACUGGCACAGCUGGAGGCAGUGGUGCAGAUGCUGGAGGAGCACGAGUGUGACUUUGUGGAUGCUCUUGGAAGGGACCUUCAUAAGCCACGGUUUGAGACGGUCGUGUCAGAACUGAUGCUCGUCAAGAAUGAGGCACUUCACGCCAUCAACAACCUGAAGAAGUGGAUGCAGCCGCAGCAUGUGGAGAGAAACCUGUCCACCACGCUGGACGAGUGUCUGGUGGUCAGUGAGCCGCUGGGCGUGGUGUUCAUCUUGGGGACCUGGUGCAGUCCUGUCCAGAUGUGUCUGGUGCCGCUGGUCGGGGCCAUCGCAGCAGGAAACUGUGCAGUCAUCAGUCCACAUGAGUGCACCGCUCACACAUCAGAGCUCCUCCAUCGUCUUGUCCCUUUUUACCUAGACAAUGAAUGCUUCCAUGUGAUUCUUGCAGGCACAAACGACUUGCCUGAAGUUGUGGAACUUAAAUUUGAUCAUGUCUUCUUCACAGGAAGCAAAGAGGAGGGAAGCAGAAUAGCUCAGGCUGCAGCUCGCACUCUCACCCCUUUCACCCUGAUUUUGGGAGGCAAGAAUCCAUGUUAUGUGGACCAACACUGUGACAUCACCACCACGGCACAGCGUGUUGCUUGGGCACGUUUUCACAAUGCUGGACAGAGCCUCGUGGCUCCGGACUACAUCCUGUGCCACGCAGUUGUCAAAGCGCGGCUGGUGCAGGCCCUGAAGUGCUGCCUGAUGAAAUUCUACGGUACUGAUCCCCAAGAGUCCCGCAGCUUUGGCCGAAUGGUCAAUCUGGAGAUCUUUAACCGUACAAGAGACAUGCUGUGGAGAUCUGGCAAGGUGGCUGUGGGUGGGCAGGUGAUAGAAGCAGAGAAAUAUAUUGCCCCGACAAUUUUGACAGAGGUGGCAGAAUCAGACUCCAUCAUGCAACAGGAUGUUUUUGGUCCAGUUCUCCCUGUUCUGACUGUAAACGAUGUGGAUGAGGCAAUAACCUUCAUUAAUAAGCAAGCGAAACCCCUCUGUGUGUAUGCAUUUUCCACCAACACUAAGGUUAUUUCGAGACUAAUGACUGAGACUUCCAGUGGAAGCUUUUGCUCCAAUGACUGUGUCCUGCAGAGUCUGAUGGUGGCUCUGCCUUUUGGUGGAGUAGGUGCCAGUGGAACGGGCUCCUGCCAUGGCCGCUACAGCUUCGAUACCUUCUCCCACAGGAAAUCAUGCCUGCUACGAAGCAUUCAGUUUGAGUGUGUCACCUAUCUGCGUUAUCCACCCUAUGAGGACCGCAAUCUGUCUCUAAUGACAUGGGCCAGCACCUUGUCCCAGAAGAGCCAGGGCUGGUGCCAGAUCCUGUGACUUUAUGUGGGAGGGCGGUGACACAACCAUGUUGAAAGACAAGCUAGUGCCCUCUAGGUUAUUGUAUUAAAAUGAAUGAGAAAAAUCUGCAUUGUAGUUUAAUGUCGGUGUGGAAUUGGAACUGACAAGAAAAAUUGGCUAAAUUAUUUAAUUAUUCUCUGGAGAACAACAAUAACUGUACAUCAACUACAAGCACAUAUUUGAGGACUACUAACUGUGAAAUUAAAUAACAGAAAACCAGUAUGUUUGUAUUAGCUGAAUGGUUAAUAUUUUCCCACUGUUUAGUUUAUUAUGACCUACA